AUGGAACCAUACCAAGUUGAACUAUAUACUCAUUAUAGAUUAGUUGCAAAACUAAAUGAACGAUCUGUAAUAUUAUUCAAUGUAUGCAAAUAUAUUACUCAAUUCCUUCAAGAAUGUCAAAGCAACAAUGAAUUCAUAUCAUGGAAACAAUCUACGACCUCUAUUUUAAGUGCUGAUAUUCAUAGAUUUUCUGAUAAAAAAAUUGAGCAAGCCCAGUCUCAUCUGAGUAAAAAACAACAGUAUACAAAGGUUUUUGAGCUGGCCAAAACAUUAGAAAACAAACAAAGCCACAAUAGUGAACUAGGAAAUGAAAUUAUUCAACAGUCAAGUUUAAGUCAAAUUAUAGUUAAAAAUCCAGUAUUAAAACCAGAAAGAGGCACCCUUGAGGAACACAACAUAUUCUAUCUAGUAUUGAAGAUUGAAUCAGAUGAUAGCAUAAGCUCAGAAUUGGAAGGUAAUAGUGAUGAUUUAAUUACAAAACAGUAUUCAAAAAGAACAGAUUACAAUGACUCUGAAUCAGAAAAUGAUAAUAAAAACCUGGCUUCAAAGAAUCUAAAGAGAACACAACAUAGUAAAAUUAAUAAAGAGUCAUUAGUAUACCUAGAUACUAGAAGUGUUAA